GCCUUUUAGGGGGGCGGAACCAAUACUCAUAUAACAUUUUGGCUCCAAUUUGGGGACAUUAACGCCUUUCCUUCAAUCCCCAGACGCCGUCGUCACGUCCUUCCAACCCCCCCUACGCUCCCCGGAGCAGCACUCAAAAAGCCCCCGGAGACCACCGAUUUACAGGAUCAUCUUCCAGUGCGAACACAGAGUGGUCCCCGGAUUGCUGCGGGCUGCAGACUGAUUUGUUUUUUUCGGCUGAGAGGAUUUGCACCACGGCAAAGCUUCCUCCUCUCAGUGGGGACAGGAAGUCAUUAUCAGUGACUUCAAUACUUCACGGACAGGAAGCUGGUUUCUGAUGUUGGGGAGGAAUAAUGUGGAAUGAUGUGUUUUAAGGAGACCUGUAUUCGCAUUCCCGUUCGAUGCCAUCAGAACCAUAGCUCACAUGGAAUCAACAUCUCCAAGAUGGAGGUCUUCCAGCCCUGCUUCAGGUGUGCCACUUCAUUCUAGAUCAAAUGUCAUGAACGCUCAUCAAACCAAACAAUGGACCUCCAGCUGGAGACAACGCCCCCUACGUCCCAUCUUGGGCUAAUCCUCCAUCCCACGAGAAACAAGCAGGAAGCUAACAAAUACAGACCAGGGAAUGCAGGUCUGCUUGUUCCGUGGAGUCUUACAUAAACAACACGGAUGUCCUAACACACACGCAUACCAUGGACACGCACACAGUGUUUAUUUGCCGUGCAAGAGUCGCAAUGGAACCUUGUGCUUAGUUACGGUCACUUGGUCGUUGGCUAGUGAUUACAAACAGGAAGUUUUAAAGACAACCAGCACAGAAGAGACGGCUCAUCUUUUCAGUCCCAAUGGAAAAAGAGGAAGACCAGCAGCCAGAAGGUGGGGAACAGGAAGUGGAGGUAGAAAAGGAAAUAAGUGAAGAGCAGCAGGAUGAAAAUAACGAAGCCGCAAACGACCUUGAAGAAAACGUGGCUCCUUCACCUCAGGAUGAGCCGGGAUUAGAACCUGCGGGUGAACCUGACCUUGACGACCUUGAUGCUGACAACCUUGAUGCUGACAACCUCGAUGCUGACGAGGAAGCUGCAAUAAGCAUAGAUGCCGAGCAGGAAGGCAUUCCCCAAGGAUCAUCACCAGGCCCACUCUCAGACGUAGUUGAGGAAGAAGAAGAUGAGGAGGCAAUUACCAAUCCCAAUGAGGAGGAGGAAUUUGUGGUUCUUGAUGCUGAAAAUGAUGAGCCGGGAUCAGAACCAGCAGGUGAUUUGAACCCACAGCCUCAUGCUGAUGAGGACGUUGGUGCUGAUGAGGAAGCUGCAGCAACCAUACAGACUGAGCAGGAACCCGUUCCUGAACCACUGUCCACUGAGGAAAAUAAAGACGAGGUCAUGGAUCUGAACGAGGUUGCUGUUGUUGAUGAUCAACAUGAUGAGCCGGGAUUAGAACCAGCAGGUGAUUUGAUCCCACAGCCUCAUGCUGAUGAGGACGUUGGUGCUGAUGAGGACGCUGCAGCAACCAUACAGACUGAGCAGGAAACCCUUCCCAGAGUCCUGACACCAAGACCACUUUCGGACUUAAUAGAGGAAAAAGAAGAAACCCUUCCCAGAGUCCUGAUACCACGACCACUUUCGGACUUAAUAGAGGAAAAAGAAGAAACCCUUCCCAGAGUCCUGCCACCAAGACCGCUUUCAGAAUUAAUAGAGGAAAAAGAAGAAACUCUUCCCAGAGUCCUGCCACCAAGACCGCUAUCAGACUUAGUAGAGGAAAAAGAAGAUGUGGAGUCAGUUACUGAUACCAACGAGGAGGAAGAAUUUGUUGUUCUUGAUGCUGAUCAUCCCACGAUGGCAAAGAUGCAAGCUGCACUAAAGCAUCAAAUCCUUACAGAACUCGAGAGGCUGACCAUUCAACUACAAGAAGACACGGGCAACGAGAAGACUGAAUCAAACCAAACAGACGAAAUAUUUGUAAAGCUGUUCACGGAACAACAAAGACUAAAAACAGUCCAGAUCCGGCUCGAGGACCAACAACAGUCCAAGGUCUUGGCUGAAAGCAAACAUCGCGAGGCCCAGGAUCAACUGGUGGCAAUGAAGGCUUGCCAUUCCAGUACUGCCAGUCAGAGUACCAAGACCAAGGCCGACGUGGCCAAGCUCCAGACAGAGCUGGAAAAACUGCAGUUGCACGUCGUCUUCACACAAGAAGCCACUGAACUUCUUCAGUCCAACGUAAAAGCCACUAAGGGUGCUACACGCAAAGCAAGGACCGACAAGUCUGUGGCUGAAGACGAGAAACUCAAGCAGGACAUGUACGUAGAACGUCUUACCAAGGAUUUGGACAGACUAACACAACAGAUGGGCAUAUAUGAAGCCCAGACCAAUGCACAGGCGGAGACAACGCAUGCGACCCAGGAGGCUCUUUCUGAGGCUGAAAUGCAAAUGGAAUCUCUGGCGAUGGCACAGAAACAGCUACUGCAGCAGUGGAACAGCAGCCUGAUGAAUAUGAGGAGGCAAGAUGAAGAAUUUGGUGCAAUUCGGGAAGCCGUACGGCUGGCCGAACAUCAAGUGAUCGUGCUGGACCGAGAGAUCGAAGGCAACAAGAAAUCCAUCGCUGAGCUGCAGGAGAGGAGCGAGACCUUGACCAUGCUGCUCAACUGUGCCCAGAUGGACUGCGACGUCUCCAAGAAGAUGAUCACUCAGAAGCAGACUCAGCACGAAGCUCUGCAGAACCAAUACAGCACCCACAUGCGUGCUCUCGGGGAGACCGAGCGCACCGUUGCGGACCUGACUAAGGAGGACAACGGUCUUCAAGCUGUGCUGACCGACCAGAAGAGAAAGCUGGAGAAAAACAGUAACAAGCAUCUGGAGUUGGAGGACCACAUCACGACUCAAAUGCUGCAGAAGCUCAUGGACACCAAGGCUUCCCAGUACUAUCAGCGUCUCACCAGCAAGAAGGCCGCGAUCAAGAAGAAGAAGGUGUACCAGCUGUGGCAUUUGGAGAGUUCAGUCAUGGCAGCUGCACUGCAGAGCAACGUGAUCAACGAGAAACUGGAGAACUUGGUCCGAACUCAGAAGGAGCUGGAUAUGGAGGUCUCAAAGUACAACAAGGUGGUCACGUCCAACCAGGCCAACAGUUCCUCCAUCGAUAUACUCAUCUCACAGAAACAGACCACCAUCGCAAACAUGAACAAAAAAAUUGAACUCAUCGCAGCUCGGACUGGGCAUGAAGACCUCAGUCCUCUGCAAAUUAAGGUAGACAGAAUCAAGUCUGAGAUUGACAAGUUAUCGGAGAAAAUCCAGAAUGAUCAGCAGCAGUGGCUGAAGCAUCAAGGAACGCUGGUGGGGCUAACCCUGGAGAUACAGGACCACACCAAGGAAUAUAACAAACUACAAGCCAAGCUGACUAUGGUCCGUCAGAGGAAGAUCUACCUGGAAAGUCAGUUAGAGGUCUUGCACCGUGAGGAGAGCGACGUGGAGAAGACCAAUAAGAUACUUCAGCGAGACCUGCUGAAGCUCAACACUCUUCUUAGCAAGAACGCUCAGCUGCGCUACGCUUUGGAGCAGGAGAACAUGAUCAUGGAAACCAAGUUCCUUCACAAACUUAAGGAUGCAGAGCGGGAGUCCGUAGAGAUGGAGAUGAAACUGGAGAAGACCCAGGAAGCUAAGGAGAACCUUCUCGGCAGUCUGGUGGAGACUGAGCGUCAGAUCAUGCUGUGGGAAAAGAAGACCCAUCUGAUGAAGGAGACACGUUUAGUGGUGGAGGAGGGUCAGGGAGACAUCCAGAUCAUGAAGGAUGACGUCCAUCGGAUGGAGCGUUGGCUCCACCAGCUACUAAAGCAACGAGAGCAGCUCAACCGGGAGAGUCUGGCGGUGGUGGAACGGAGAGGAAACAUCGUGGAGCGAAAUCAGAUGCUGGCUCGCAGUACCAAAAAGAUAACAACCAAAGGCGAGCUAAAUCUCAUGAACGAUGGAUUACGGCGGAGGAUCAAGGAAACGCAGAAGCUGGUGAAAGAGCAUUCCCAGGAGAUCAGGGAACUCCAGGAGGCCCAUGAAGAAUUUCAGAGGAAGUCAAAGAGGAUUCACGAAAUGAUGGACGGCACUCCGGCUGCUUCUGCUCCACUUGAAGCGACUCUGCAGAGCGAGAUGGAGCGAGUGCACAAAGUCAGCAAAAUCCUUCACCGUGUGUGGGCCGACCUGCCCAAAUACCAGGGAUGCCUCUGGAAGGCGGUCCGAUCGCUGGCGGAGUACACGGACGCUAAAGCCGGUCAAUGAGAGGACGGAAUGAGCAGCAGUGGAUCACGUUCAUGUUGACGUUGGUUUAAUUCCGUUCUGUAAUAAGAGUCGCCAAAUCACACAUCAAUCAACAAUUAAAAAUCUGUUCUGGAGCUUAUUU